AUGGCAAGACCAAUCAAGGGUCCUGAUAACCCAUGGAUUAAUGUAGAUGGUCCGCUCACUGAAGAUUUCCCGGGUGUAGAUACAGUUGAUAAACUGUUCACAUAUGUGGCAAAAUUGUAUGAUGACAAACCGGCGUUAGGUACUCGAGAAUUACUGGAAGUGUAUGAAGAAAAACAAACAAAUGGACAUAUACUUGAAAAAUGGGUGAUGGGUAAUUACAAGUGGCAAACCUUCGCCGAAGUUCAUAAAAAAAUUGGCCGAAUUGCUUCGGGUCUAAAAAUUAUCCUGGAAAAUGAUUGUCCGAUAAAUCGGGCAGUAAUUUUUUCGGAAACUCGAGCUGACUGGUUUAUCACUGUAUUCGCUCUCUUCAGAAUCAAUGUACCAGUUGCUACGGUAUAUGCAACUCUCGGUGAAGAGGCAAUAGCCCAAGCAAUCAAUGAGACGGAAUCAACACUGUUAGUAACAUCAGCAGAACUUCUGCCGAAAAUUGCAGUAAUCGGGAAAAAAUGUCCGACAUUGCGUUCCUUAGUCUAUUUCCGUCCCGUGCAUCUUUCGAAGAAGAUUGCCGUCAUGGAUGUUAUUAAGCAGCAGUUCCGAAAUGUCCUGUCAUUGGAUGAGUUAGAAGCACACAAAAACACUGUUCCGG